GGUUCUGUUGACUGGGGGAUAAUUCUCUCCUAAUCAAUCACAGGGGCAGGAAGGACAUGGUAACAUGAGCAACGUAGAGAUAAUUGGUUCUACAAAUCUUAUAAUUCUGCUAGAGGAUGAAGUCUUUGCUGAUUUUUUCAACACAUUUCUCUCUCUUCCGGUCUUUGGUCAAACACCAUUUUACACUGUUGAAAAUUCAGAGUGGAGCUUGUGGCCAGAACUACCAUAUGACUUGAUUGCAAAGUACAAAGGAUUAUUGACCUGGUUGGAAAAAUUCCGGUUACCUUUCUUCUGUAAAACCAACUUGUGUUUCCAUUACAUUCUCUGUCAGGAAUUCAUCAGUUUCAUUAAGUCCACAGAAGGAGCCAAGAUGAUGAAAUGGGAAAAGGCAGACCAGUGGCUACUCCAGAAAUGUGUCGGUGGAGUCAGGGGCAUGUGGCGCUUCUGUACGUACCUCAAGGGCAGCGCAGGUGAAGAGCUUGUAGAUUUCUGGAUCCUUGCUGAGAAGAUCCUGAGCAUAGAUGAGAUGGACCUGAAAGUGAGAGACCACUACCUGUCCCUCCUCUUCGUGCUGAAGGCCACCCACCUGCAGGAGGGCUCCCGGGUGGUGACACUCUGCAACAUGAACAUCAAGGCCCUCCUUAAUCUGUCUAUCUGGCAUCCCAACCAGUCAAUCACCAGGAGAGAAAUUCUGAGUCACAUGCAGAAAGUGGCUCUGUUCAAACUCCAGAGCUAUUGGCUCCCCAACUUUUACACCCAUGCCAAGAUGAUGAUGGCCAAGGAAGAAUCGUGCCAGGGUCUGAUGCAGGAGUAUGAGACUCGCCUGUGCAGUGUUUGCUGCUCCCAUGAUGGAGGGCUCCCCCUGAGCAUGAGCAUAAAGAAUUGCCAACACCCUCAGAAAUGGUACUCAAGCAGGAAGACCAAGAAGAAGAUGAGGCAGUUGAUUGACCAUGAUUCUUGGCCCCUGGAAAUGGAUCUCAAGUCAAACACCACCAUUAGGCCUCCCCAGGAGGUAUGUCCUCAAGAGACGAUGAGACUACAAAUGACUUCCUUGAAGGUAGUUUCUUCAAAGGAGAAAAAAAUUAGCUCUCAAGAAAAGGAUAUACCCUGUGCCAGGAAGUCCAAUGUAAAGAAGAAAGUUAAGAGUAACCUCCAAUUGGAGGGCCUCUUUGAGGAGGACUUCUUGGCCCACUUGAGGGCUGUCACCCCCAUCAUCAAUCACACCACCCCAGUGACUUUCAAGAGAGCCAUCAAACAAAACUUCUCCUUGGGGUACAUCCACUGGGCCUUGUGUGCUGAUGCCUGUGCCGGGAGUCCCUUCCGUCACCACCUGAAGAAGCAGGACUUGAAAGUGGAGAUCCAACUCCUGGAUCUCUGGCAGGACCUGCACCAUUUCCUCAGUGUCCUGAUGAGGAACAGGAAGACUGGGAAUGCUGUCUUUCGACACAUGCUGGGCAACAGAAUCUGUGAGCUUUAUCUGAAUGAGCAGAUUGGUCCACCCCUACCACUCAAAUCUCGAACCAUUCAAGGUUUGAAGGAGUUGCUCCCUUUUGGGGAUGUGAACCCCUGGAUUCCCAGAGCUCAGAAGGAGAUCUGCAAGAUGCUCAACUGCUGGUAUGAUGAAUUCCUGGAUGAAGAGGACUACUGGUUUCUCAGUUUUGCAACUCAGACCCCUUUCAUCAGAACCAAUUGGCAUAGAAAAGAAUGUAUAAGCAAGGAAGAGAUCAUUCUUCUUUAUAAGAGGUUUGAGGAAUCUCUGGAGUUAAGCCAGGGUUUGGCUGACAUGGAGGGAAUGGAUUCUAUGCAGUGGCAAAAGAUAGCUACUGAAGAUUUGAGGCAAGGUGGGUCUCUCCAGGUAGAACUGAAGUCUCCAGUGUUUCUAGCAGAUACAGAGAAAAUGUCCUUUGAGGAGCUCUGCUAUAAAUAUCCAAAAUUGGCCAUAGAGAAGAUCAGCAAUGACUACAAAAUAUAUUGUGAAAAAGCACCUAAAGUGGAUUUUUCAGUGGAAAUUAUCAAAGAACCAAGGAUAAUCUCACUCUCGUCUAGGAAAUCGUCCUUUGUCAAAAAGGGUGAUAUAAGGAAGCCCUCAACAAGACCUGAAAGCAUGGAAGAAAUUCUCAUAAAUACAAACCACUUGGAGUGCUUCAGGGAGUUCCUCAGAGAACGAAAGGCAGAAACCCCAUUGUUACUCCUGAUAGCCAUACAGAGGUUCAGUACAGAGAAAAAUGAAAAGAUUCAAAAGUCUCUCUUUGAAAACAUAGUCAAGACUUUCCUCCAUGGCAGAUUACCUCCUGAAGAAAUGCUGCAGUGCAAUAUCCCUUUUAUCAGAGAAAUCAUUCAUAAGCGCGGCGUCAGCGUAGCCACAUUGUUUAUGCUCCAGACCUAUGUCAUGAAAUCUCUAGAAGAAAAGUGGUUUAAAGAAUACCAAGACUUAUUCCCACUUCAUCAUUCAGAGAUGCAAGUCGAAAUAAAACCUCCACCUAGGAAGCUCUCAAAGAUAGUAGUAAUCCAUCUACAUCAAUCCCAGAAAAAAUGGUGGCUGAAAUUGAUCAGUUUCAUCAGGAGCUUUUGUAAAUACCGCAAAUUUAUGUCUGAUCCGAGUAAGCGCCAGGAAUUGGAAGACUAUCUUCGCUUGGAAGUAUUUAAUAACAAGGAAAAUUACCCCACCUCACCAAAUGUAUCAGGACGCCAGACAACAGUUUCCACAAAUAUCCGGGUCUCAGAACAGGAGAAUGGUGAUAUAACCCUUGUGAAGCGUCGAAUUCUUGGCCAUAGAAUUGUCAUUGUCAACUUUUUAAUCAAUGAUAUGUAUUUCCUUUCGGAAAUGGAGAAAUUUAACAAUUUGGUGAGUUCAGCACUUGUGCUGCAAGUCAACCGGGCAUACAAUGAGAAUGAUUUGAUCCUAAUGAAGUCCAAAAUUAGCAUCAUCAUAAAGCUCUACCUGCAUGCUGAGUUCUCUCCAAAGCUGAGGGUGAACAUCUCUGAGUCCCAGAAGGAUGCCAUCCUUGCUGCCAUUGCAGAGGGCCACCUAAGUCGGAACAUCUUCUACGGGCCUAUCAUGUCUCUCUUCCCUGUCAUUAUGUACUUCUGGAAAAGGUUUUGUUCCUGGAAGGCGAUCCGUUCUUAUUUCCAGUACAGGGGGAAGAAGGUCAAGGAGAGAAGAGGUUUUCCUAAACCUGUGUACAAGUACCCUCCGUUGAGUGGAGGAGACAACCCCAUCUUAAGAUUCACCUUGCUCAGAGGGGUUGAGUGGUUUCGGCCUCAACAACGUGACAUAAUAGCAGUCCAAAAUUCUUCAUCAAGCAACAUGACCCUGACAAGAAAUGGGCUCUCCAACAUGCACUUGUAUCCUGUCAUCGGGAGAUUAACACAACCCAUUCAGACUAAAGAAUGACAAAAAGAUGCAGAGGAAAAUAGAGCAAGAAAACGGAAAGAGAUCUGUCUUCCCCCCCUCAGGAGCCUUUUCAGUUUUGUGUCGGGGAGUGACACAAAAGUAUAAGAAGACAUACAAUGUCUUUUCCUUUCUACAAAAGUAUAAAAAGACAUCUGAUGUUCAUGCUGAGUGCCUCCAACUAACCCAAGUGUUGCUGAAGAGGAGGGGGCAGCUCGGGUGUGCAGGAUGUGUGCAGGAGAGCCAGUCCUCACCCCUACACUUCAGCCAGCGCUGCAGUUCAUUGGCCAGAAUAAAGAG